AUGCCCAUGCCGCACCUAGCCAGGGCGGCUCUCCCACCUACUUCUUUACGUGCGCAUGACUACCAAUGGCGUCUAGCUAACGCUACCGAUCUCCCACAGUCCUGGAUACGUACGGCCCUCGGCGCCGAAGCUUGGCUUGGACGUCGUGAGUACCUGUCUUGUGGCCAAUACACCAGCUACAUUAGCACGACUCUCCGCAUCCAAUCAACCGGCACGACGGUAGACGAUCUGGAGUAUCGCUUUUCAAGGGCUCUCGUUCACCUUCGGUUCUGUCACCCGGAAUUGGCUUGUAGAGUUGUCAGGCUUGUAGCCUACGAUUAUCCAGGUUGUCCGCCCGAAGUUGCUUACACCGUGGCAAAAGACGCAGGCAGUGUUUCCGACCGGGCCAAGCGAACGAUCCAUAGGACCAUCAAGCGCCAAAGUGGAAUUCAGCUUUCUUCUAUAAUCACCGGGGACAGUAAGACGAGCUCCCUGCCGCUGUCUUCGGUCAAGAUUUUCGUCGCGAAUAACCAGAGCCAGGCGACAGAGCUUGGGAUCGGAGCUCGCGUGAAGGUCAUCUUUGCUUUCCACCCUGUUCUCUGGGAUGGCGUAAGCUCCCGCAUCUUUGUGGGAGACUUGCUGCGCUGCGCCGGGGAGCUGUGGGCCGACGAAGGACCGAGUCUCAGCACUCUUCAACAGUACGAUUGGGGCACCGAGACAGACAACUUGGCAGGAUCCAUUCUCGACGCGUGCAGGCCUGGUGUGACUGCAAUCGGGUAUGGCUUUGCGAAGAAACGAGACGAGCACGAAAGGAUUAUGCAUGAGGGAGCAUCUGGCUGGGGACUACCCGUUACCGAUGCCGAGGGCGAUCCGAAGACAAUUAGACGCAGUCUUACCAUCGACCAAAGCCAGGCCGUAAAGCAGGCUGUCAAGCAACAUCUCGGCCAAGACUACACCUUAACCCAUCUCGGCCACGCUGCCAUGAUCCUCGCUCUGCUCCGCGUCAGUCCUAUACCAUCAGGCUUUUCAGCUUCUGCCACUGUCGCUUCGCCGCUGCUUGUGAACGGUCGACGAUAUCUGAACGGCAAAUAUGACGACCGCCGCUAUGGAUCGUGCCUGGCCACUGCUUUCGUCGACCUGGCGCCCCUCGCACAAUAG